GCCUCACCAUUUACACUGACUAAUUGGGGGAAAAAAGAGAGCAACAUCUCAAUCGGCAAAUAACAAAGAAAUUCCAAUUGGAAAAAUUCUCGAAACUCAAUCCAAAUAUGUUGAGGCAUAUAGCAACCACGAGUCUCGCCGGACGUCUCCGGUGCUCCGGGGCUGCCGGCGGUAGCGCCCUGCGGCGGAUGUACCACGAGAGAGUGGUGGACCACUACGACAACCCGAGGAACGUCGGGUCAUUCGACAAGAACGAUCCCAAUGUGGGAACGGGUCUCGUUGGAGCACCGGCGUGUGGUGACGUCAUGAAAUUGCAGAUUAGGGUUGAUGAGGAGAGCGGUAAAAUCGUGGAUGCUUGCUUUAAGACUUUCGGAUGUGGUUCCGCUAUCGCCUCCUCCUCUGUGGCAACUGAAUGGGUGAAAGGUAAGCCAAUGGAGGAAGUUCUGACGAUAAAAAAUACGGAAAUUGCAAAGCAUCUCUCCCUUCCGCCUGUCAAACUACACUGCAGCAUGCUUGCUGAGGAUGCAAUCAAGGCAGCUGUCAAAGACUACGAGGCAAAAAGAUCAAAGCCAAGUGCUACGCCUCUGGAGGCCAAAGCUGCUGAUGCUUGAGAAUGCACACUCAGGCAUUCCAAGAGACUGUUCUUGGUCAUGUUACAAUAAUGUUUAAUCUCAGGAAUUCGAUUUCGCUAGCUUCUUCUUUUUAAAUGGUUGCUUUUCUUGCGAUCCUAUUAGCGUGAAACAGAAGAUACUGUACAUGAGUUUUUGGGUGUUCCAUGCUUGUUGAAUUGUGUUUUUGUCGUUUUGGAAAUCUAAUUUAUUUCUUCUA